UGCUGACUACACAAUCCAACAUGGAGUAACAAGAGAUGGGGCUCCUCAUCGAGACCAGCGCGCAGUCUUCAGCCACCGCGAGCGACGCGAGGCGAAACAUCAUCGACACAACCAUUGGGAUGAUGCAUAAAGGCUGGAUUUCAGGCUCUUUAACUAGACGCAUUGCAAGCAACGAGGAAUAAAAUGCACAGCGCGGAAAAAGAACGAGAAUAAGCAACGCUGAAACGGAUUUUGGGGAAAACUCAUCGCUGCGCUGGAAAACCGAGACGACAUGAAGCCUGAACGCCGCGCGCCCGCGUUGGGAUAUUAUUAUCAUUACUGUAGGUGAAACGAGGGGGAAAAUGACUGAGGAAUCGCACCCAGACGAUGACAGUUACAUAGUGCAAGUGAAAGCAGUGGUCAUGACACGGGACGAGUCUAGCGGGGGCUGGCUGGCACAGGAGGGCGGUGGUCUCAGUCGAGUGGGCGUCUGUAAGGUGGUCCCGGCUGAUCUUGAGCUUCUGGGACGGAACGGCUUCCUCAUCUAUGGAGAGAGACUUAAAGACAAGCAGGUGAUCCUACAGUGCUUUCUGAAGAAGGAUCUAGUGUACACUAAAGCCACGCCCACUUUCCAUCAUUGGAGAGUCGACAACAGGAAGUGUGGACUGUCGUUCCAGAGCCCUGCGGAUGCCCGAGCGUUUGAUCGCGGCGUGAGGAAGGCAAUCGAGGACCUCACAGAGGGCUCCACUACUUCUUCGUCUACGCUGCAGAAUGAGGCCGAGCUGGGUGACGAUGACGUUUUCACAAAUGCCACCGACAGCUCGUCCAACUCUUCUCAGAAAAGAGAACCAUUAAUGCAGACGCUUGCACCAAUCAGCUUAUCCGAGCCCCACCAUUGCAUUCUGGGACAUCUGUAUGACCAACACAGACACUCUGACCGUUAUUACCUGGAUCAGACGGUGCCCAUGUUCCCAUGUCCACGUCACGUCCGAUUCCAUGAGGAAGACGAGGAGAUUGUGCGGAUUAACCCCCGUGAACGUUCUUGGUUAACGGGCUACGAGGACUAUCGGCAUGCUACUACGGGGACACACGGCAAACCUCUGCGACCAGACGCCACGGAUGCUUACGUUCACCUCGCUAAGAGCGAACCGCCAAAACACGACUACACUUAUACUUACCCACUCAGUGGGGAUGAACACACGACGCACGACGGCAAAACAGGCAUUGGCGGUGGCGUAGUCACCGGGCAGCCGCGAGCGCUAACGACAAAAUGGCUGCCACACCGCGUGGAGGACAGCAGAGAGCGCUUGCGAUGCGUUUACUGCCAAAACAUGUUCAGUCCCAUGGAAAAUGGGCGCGGGCGCUGUCAGGAAGCUCCCGACCCCGUACAAACGUGCAUUCGGCGGGUUAGCUUCAUGUGGUGUGCGGACAGCUUGCUCUACCAUUGUAUGUCGGACCCUGAGGGCGACUACUCGGACCCGUGUUCCUGCGACGCCAGUGAAGAGCGGUUCUUCCUGCGUUGGCUAGCACUCCUGGGACUGUCGCUGCUAGCACCCUGCAUGUGCUGUUACGCGCCGCUGCGAGCGUGCUACCAUUGUGGUGUCGCGUGCCACUGCUGCGGCGGCAAGCACAAAGCAGUGGGGUGAGCGGCAGAACGCGAACAUACCAGCAGCUGGAAAAAAUGCGCAAAAUGCAUAUAAGAUGCGGAAGAAUGAACUUUGUGUUUCGCGCAAUCUUUGUCCCCUUCCCGCUGAAUUUCAGAGGGUUGGUCCAUUUAUAUAUUUCUUUCUCAAUUUAACUGUACUGGACAGCUGUCCUGGUUUUUGUUAAAUUCAGUUUUUAUUUUAUUUGUUUUUAAAAGAGUAACCCUCAGCUUCCAAUUAAAAGACUACACAAUAAAUAUUCAUUUAUAUAUGAAAAGUAUAUAUAAAUAUAUGUAGAUAUAAAUAUAUAAAUCCAGGUACUUUAUAUUUUUAUGCUUAUGUGCUUUAAAGGUUUGAGUUAUCUUCCCUUUCGUCUUGUCUUUGUUUGUUAUUUGACUUUCGUUAUGUCUCUCCAAUCAGAGGCGUCUCUUCUACUGUGAUCCACUCCUUCUAGAUAAGACAAACCCAGAGGAAUCCAAAAUAUCUGACCUGUAGGAGGAUAGAUCCUGUGUGUGUGUGUGUGUGUGUGUGUGUUUUGCCAAUAUUAAGUUGCUGUGUGGAAGAUGGCAAACACAUUGCUGCCCAAAUGUAAAGUGUGUGUGUGUGUGUGUAAAUCUCAUGAAAACAUCCAGGCCACAUUUUCACAAAUCAAAUUUUUUUUUUGCAUAAGGAAAAUUAAACCUAUAUUGGACUAUUUUUGAAUUGUGACAUUAUUUUCAUGACAAUUAAGCACAUUUCCCCUCAACAUUUUUUACUUGUAGUUUAAAAGUACCAUUUGUAAUACAGUUUAUAUAUAUAUAUAUAUAUAUAUAUAUAUAUAUAUAUAUAUAUAUAUAUAUAUAUAUAUAUAUAUAUAAUUUUAAAAAGUAUUAAAAAAUAAUGAUUAAAAACAUCCUAGAUUUUAAGCAGUACAAAAAUACUACCAGCAUGAAUAAAUACUUAUUAAUAAAUACAAUUUAAAUAAUAUAUCAACUUUUUUUCCCCAUAUUACAGUAAGAAAAGCUGGGGUGAAAAAUCUGCUUAAUUCUCAUGAAAAUUACAGAAUGCAAAAAAUCUUAUUGGUUUUAAAAUAAGCUUUUUGUUCAAGUGAAAUAUUUAGUUAUGUGGUAAAAUAUGACCUGGACAUAGGUUUUGUGAAAUUCACCCUUAUUUAGAAUGUGUGUCUGUUAUCGAUGUUUUUUUAAAAUGAAAACCAGCCUCAAAAUUGAUGUACCCUUCCUACAGAAAAAAAAGAAAAAAAGAUGUAUUUUUCUCUGCCUUUGUCUUAAGCACAACAAAAACUAGUAAAACUAACAAACAACAACAACAACAACAACAAAAGAAACAACCAUCUGAACACUGUGCAAGUUGUUGUGAAGUUCUCAAUAUAUUUCCAAUCGCUGUCCUAUCAGCAUCAUCCUUCAAAACAACAUCCAGCCAAUCAGUGGACUGUGACAGCGUUGUCAUGAUGACUGUGAUCCUGUUUGUCAGCUGAUGUUUUAUGUCCUCUCUUUGUCUCUGUCCUCUCUUCUUUCCUUCUCUUCCUGUGAAAAGCUUUUGCAGUAGUACUAUCUGAUGUGUGGGAAAAGAGGAGCAGUUUUAUUUUUGUAUCGAUGUGAAGGAGAGUGAGUUAUCUGUCUGUCUGAUGCUCCUGAACACAUUCUGAGAUUAAAGGAAAGUGCCUGAAUCAGCCAGUGCGGUCUCACUCACAUUCAUGCACUUAUUCCUUCCAUUUGACAUUAAGAACGGGGUUCCCUUGGUGAUAAAAAACUCAGAAAUAUCAGGGAAUGUUUUAAAUUGUGUUCUCCAGGCCUGGAAAAAGUAAUGGAGACAAAAGUCAUGAUAAAAUCUUAAAAAGUCAUGGAAAUUUCUGUUGCGAAUAUACGUUUUCUAGUUUUUCUCCAAUCUAAAUGAUUUCAUCAGCUAAAUAUUACGUUUGUGUAGUGUAAAACCUGCUUGCAAGACAUACUGAUGUCUGAUUCGUGAGUGAAUUGUUCUUUUGAGUUUAAUUACUGAAUCGAUCUUGAUUUUUCAAAAUCUGUAUGCUAUAAUCACAAAUGACUGAAAAGGCCAUGUAAAAGUCAUUAAAUUGAAUUGGUCAAAAGGGUGUGCACCAUGUUUAAAGCAUUUGGGACUCAUGCGUGGGACAUAGAUGUUUUAAUUACAAACAGUAACAUUUUGUCAUGAUCAGGUGCUACACAAUGAAACGAUAAUCUGCAAAUCCCACUAUUUCAUGUUAAUCCACAAAUUUUUACCCUAUGUGACUCAAAUCAAUAAUAUCUGUUGGUCUAAAAAAUCUCAUUCAUUUCCUUGAUAGAGAAAUUCAUUUAUUGCAAUAAACUCUAAAUAAAUAUA